GCUCCUUUUAUCCAUGCACAAGCACAGUGCUGCACAGAGACCUUAAGAAUCAAGAACGAUCUGGAUCAGGUCUCUGUAUACUGUCCAGAUAUUCAGUGAUUCUUUAACUGUUUCACUUCAUUAGAGUUAUUUUCGUGUCAAUUGUUUUAUUUUAUUUGUCCAUUAGCAGUGGAUUCUGGACAAAAUGCAGAAGGAAACCAAGAUAAAAAUCUUGUUUUUUGUGAUCAUGGUGGGCUCAGUGUGCAUGUUAACAGCGGUGGUGACAGACCACUGGGCUGUGUUGAGUCCUCGAGUGGAGAACGUAAACACAACAUGUGAGGCAGCCCACUUUGGCCUUUGGAGACUUUGUAAGAAACACAUCUACAUUGAGGACGAGGAAUUAAUUGGUAAAGGUUGUGGACCUAUCAGCUUACCGGGGGAAAUCAACUGCUCUUACUUCAGACACUUCACACCAGGGGAAGAUUCUGAGAUCUUUGAAGUUAAAACUCAGAGAGAAUACAACAUCUCAGCAGCUGCGAUAGCCAUCUUCAGUCUUGUCUUCAUGAUUCUGGGCACAUUGUGUGUGUUGGGUUCCCUCAGAAAGGGAAAGGACUAUCUGUACAAGCCUGCCGGCAUGUUCUUUGCUUUUGCAGGUCUGUGUGCCAUCAUAUCAGUAGAGGUAAUGCGUCAGUCAGUCAAGAGGAUGAUAGAAAGUGAGGAAACUAUCUGGAUCGAGUAUUACUAUUCCUGGUCUUUUGCGUGUGCAUGCACGGGUUUUGUCCUGCUCCUCCUCAGUGGAAUUGGUCUGCUGCUGGUCUCCAUGCCACAGAUGCCUAGAAAUCCCUGGGAAACCUGCAUGGACGCUGAGCCUGAACAGAUAUAGAGCAGGAAUUCCAGAUUCCAGCAGGUAAACCACUUUCUCAAAAUAUAUCUAGACCUCUUUGAUACAAUGUCAAAGCUUGACAAGCAGAGGUCGUAAAAUGAGCUCAGUAACUUCCUUUUUUCCUCUUGCGAACUGGCACUGAAAAACAUAGGUGUGUAACACACCCUUUUACUUCCAACCAUGCCAGCAAGAAGCCAAGCUUUUCAAUUAUUUUUAUUUACAUAUAUGUAACAUUUAGCAUCAUAUUGUAUAAAAUUUUUGAGAUGUAAUAUGAAGAGUGCAGCUGGCAUUAUGUAGCUGGAGCUUUUGAGUAAUAAUGCCGUACAUUAACAGACAUACAGGGAACGUUUACAACAAUGGGAUGGUUUAAAUGGAGAAGUGUUGCAAAGAAACCGUGAUUGUUAGCGUGAAGGAUUGAAAAAUUGUUAACAUCUGACUAGCAUAUGUUCAGACGCUGAUUUAAGUGGAAAAAUUAAUCUGCGCUAAUUUGCAGAUAGUGAAUAGUGCAGUGGUGUAAUGCCACAAGAUUUUGCUCCAGAAAGCAUAAUUCAUAUCCUGUAAGUGGAUUUAUUUUAUUUUAUAUUUUUAAGAUGUGUGAAUGCUACUUUGGUUUUGUGCUUAAUAAAUCUCAUUUUAAUGAUAGCCAUUUUAACAAUAAUUAUCUUUUGCCUGGGCACAGUGAUGCUCUCAACUGCCUUGAGCAGAAUGCAAAUGUUUGGUCUGCUGUGGUUGCUGAAUGCUUGGCCAGACAUUUUGGAAUAAUUUCAGAUCUUGCAGGUGCAAAGAAAAUGGCAUCAAUUUCACUCUUAUGUGAAAAAGUAAAAUUAUUCUAAGACUUUCCAAGUCUACAGCUUCCUGAAAUGCACCCACAAACUGUGUUUACAAGCUUGAAAUGGAUUGGUGUGCUCAGUAUUUUUUUUUAGAAGAAUGUACUUCUGUGAUUUAUCAUUUAUGACCCUCUCAGGAACUGUGGUCACUUUUGGGUCUGCACAAAUCCGGUUUAUGUAUCUAACUGUAACAUGUAUAGAUCUGAAAAAAAUCUUCACCCGAUUUUUGGGUGGUGAUUCACCCAAACUGGCCUGUGUGUAUAAAAAAAGAUCUUAACAUCAAAUGUAUUGCCUAUUUAAAUUCAUCAGGGUUUUUGAUAUUAAAUGAAAUACUAUAGAACCUUUUACAUUUAAAGCUCAGUGGGCUUAAAAAGUCUUAUUAGACCUGGUUCCUCAACAAACUCUUUUAUAAAGUUGGCAGUUGGAUUUAGAAUGUGGGAAUCACCGUCACUGACAAACACCAACAGGGUGUCAGAACUAAUAGGGUGUUGUGAGCAGCGCUUGGACAACCAAAGUGAGUUGAGAGCCUGCUUGUGGUCCUUCCAUUUUUUUUAUUUUCUCUCCUAUCAAUUCCUGUCAUUGCCAUUGCUAAAAAAAUAAAAAAUAAAAAAAUAAAAAAAAGCUGGGUGAGCUUACUGACAACAAAUUUUGAGUUUGUAAUGGCAAUUCACAAAAAUCAUUCAUUUGACAGAUAAAACUUUGUAAUUAUUUCUUUUGAUGUUGUUUGCAUGCAGAACAAGAGACCUGGAUGUUUGGAUCAUGUCAUGCUGCCCAACAGAAUAAAUGUAUUUCUGGUAUUAUCACCCUAUGUCAUGAAUUUCUAAUAAAACAAAUAAGCUAA